UCUUAUUAGAAAAAAAUUUUUAAAAACACUGGUAUGACAGUAACCGGCGAGGAUCAAUAAUUAUUUUUUAGUAAAACUAUAAGAAAAAAGCAAAAUGAACAUACUACGUAACAGUCGAACUUCACCUACCUUAAGACAAUUGAUAUCGCUAGCAAGAAAUAGCAGCAGCUCGACAUUGGAACAAGCUAAGUUCAUUGUGGAACCACUUAAACAAAGGCAAAUUGUUCGCGUAAAGGGAGAAGAUGUAAUAUCCUUUCUGCAAGGACUCACAACAAAUGAUAUGAGGCAACUCCAGACGUCCUCCUCGAUUUAUACAAUGUUUCUUAAUAAAGCUGGAAGAGUGCUAUAUGAUGCAAUAAUGUAUAUGCCACCAAAGGAGUCCUCAACCGUACUACUUGAAUGUGAUAAAGAUAUAUGCAAUGAAUUAAUGCGACACCUUAAACUUUAUCGGGUUCGCAGGAAAAUACAGAUAGACAAUGUCGCCGACGAAUUUAAUAUAUGGUCAGCAUUUAAUAUCCUUGGAGAACCCUCAAUAAACAGCAACUCAAGUACCAUAGAAAAGCUAAAUAAUGUAGAUGGUAUUGAUGUAACGCAAGACCCACGACUUCAAAUUUUAGGCCAUCGCAUCGUUUGCACUUCAGAUAAAAGUUGGACAGACCUUUCGAAAGUAUAUGAAAAUACCAUUGUUGUUGAACCACCAAGCGACACAAACAAUUUUCAACUGCAUAGAUAUAAAAUUGGGGUGGCUGAAGGUGUACAUGAUAUGCCGCCGGGCAAACAAUUUCCGUUGGAGGCAAAUUGUGACCUGCUUAAUGGUGUAAGUUUUAAUAAAGGUUGUUACAUAGGCCAAGAAUUGACGGCAAGAGUACAUCAUACUGGGGUGAUACGUAAACGUCAUAUGCCCGUUCUUUUAAGCGUCCCCUUGGCGGCAGAUUCUUCAAAAGCAAUGUUAAAUGAAUCAGAAGCAAAACUGGGCAACAUACUGGGCAGUGUUGGAAAUCAAGCACUUGGUUUAUUACGCAUAGAGCAAGUUAUGAAGUCAAAGGAAUUGUCUGUCGAUGGCAAACCUUGUCAUGUGGAAAAACCCAAAUGGUGGCCUACGUCAUUACUAACGAAUGUGUCGAGCAAAGAAGAAGUCUGAUUCUCGUUUGGAGAAAUAAAAUAAGUUGUUGAAUGUUUAAUAAAAAUCUUAUGAGAUUUAAAAAAAAAAAUAAUAAUAAAUCGUUAUUUAUAUGCUAAUAUCACA